AUGGCGUCGUCGACCACGCGCGCGGCGUCGCGCCCGGGCGCGAUCACGGCGCGGCGGACGAGGGAGGAACGACGGGUGGUGCGCGCGCGCGCGGUGACGUCGGGACCGGAGACGGUGCCGGUGGCGGUGGCGCUCGGGGAUGGGCGGAUGGCGGACGUCUUCGGCGCGCUCGCGAGCGAACGGAUCGUCUUCUUGGGACAGCGAAUCGAUGAGAACGUGGCGCUGGAUGCGUGCGCGCGGUUGUUGGCGCUCGAGGCGGAGGAUCCGGAGGGAGAGAUUCGUAUCUGGGUGAACUGCGUGGCGGGGACGCAGUAUUGCGUGACGGCCAUCUUGGAUAUGAUGGAGUACGUGUCGUGCCCGAUCAGCACCGUCGCCCUCGGGUGCGUCGCGGGGCCGCCGGUGAUGCUCGUCGCCGCGGGGGAUAAGGGUAAGAGGUACGGGACGCAGAGCGCCCGCAUGGUGCUCAGUCAGCCGCUCGGGGGCUUGGCGGGGACGUCCAUCGAGGUGAAGAUUCAGGCGAAAGAGUUGAACAGAAACGCAAAGGCCCAAGUCGGGUUCAUCGCUCGGUACACGGGUAAGGACGCGGAUGAACUGGAGGCGAUGAUGGCCAGAGAUACGUACAUGGGCGUGCAAGAGGCGAUAGAUUUCGGUUUGCUCGAUCACGCGUUGUAA